AUGCAGAGCAGUAGGAGAAUGGACUCUAAGAGACCAGCCACAAGUCGCAGAGGCUCAAUUCGAGAGCGGAAAAUGGUGUUGCAACAAGAUAUUGAUAAGUUAAAGAAGAGACUCCAACACGAGGAAAAUGUUCAUCGAGCUUUGGAGAGGGCAAUUAAAAGACCGUUGGGAGCUCUUCCUCGUCUCCCUCCUUAUCUUCCACCGGAUACAGCUGAGCUUCUGGCCGAAGUAGCUGUUUUGGAAGAAGAAGUUUUUUGGCUUGAAGAGCAAGUUGUGAAUUUUAGGCAAGGUCUGUAUCAAGAAGCUGUCUGCAUUUCAUCCUCCCAGAGGAACGUGGAUAAUUCGGCUAAUUCAUAUGACCUGUGUCAGAUUAAAGAUCCAAUAUCGAAGCAAUCCAGGUUGUCUCUCCCAAACGAGGCAUAUUCUGUGCCCGGUGGGAGACACUUAGCAGUUUCACUUGAUGAUAAGCGAGGAAAAGAAAACAUCUCGAGCUUCAAUUCCUUGAAGAACAAGCAGGGAUCUCCAAAUUUGAAAUUGCAGACUGUCAGAACUCCUGAAAAAAAACCUCCUGUUGAGUACAGAUCUGCAGAGAAGAAUUUAGAUUCUAAGAGAUCACAGUUAGAAUGCGGAGUUUUGAAUCAUGAGAGUGCCAAAGAAAGGAAUCCUGUUGUCAGUCCAGAGGAAAAAUCACCAGCAGAUGACACUCCAAACAAAAUUUCUGAGAGCAUUCUGAAAUGCCUGAUGAACAUUUUCUUGAGAAUGAGCUCAAAGAAAAGUAAGAGUAGGGGAGAAACAAUUCCUUCACGGUCAGCUUUGAGUUCUUGCGACAUCAUCAAAAGUACAGAGUUCAAUGAUCCUUAUGAUAUAUGUUCAAAGUUUGGGAAGAGAGAUAUUGGUCCAUAUAAGAAUUUAUUUACCAUUGAAGCCGCAUCUAUCAAUCCAAAGAAAACAACAAUAUCUGUAUUCUUAGUUCAAAGACGAAGGCUUCUACUUCAGAAACUUGCAUCAGCUGACUUGAACGGCCUCACCCAUCAUGAGAAGCUUGCUUUCUGGAUAAACAUCUACAAUUCUUGCAUGAUGAAUGCAUUUCUUGAACAUGGAAUACCAGUGAGUCCUGAGAUGGUGGUUGCACUAAUGAAAAAGGCCACAGUCAAUGUUGGCGGACACAUUCUAAAUGCUUUAACUGUUGAACAUUUUAUACUGAGACUACCUUAUCACUCAAAAUAUACCUUGGCAAAGGGUGCGAAAAAAGAUGAGACGAUGGCACACGGCAUCUUUGAAUUGGAAUUGUCUGAACCAUUGGUAACAUUUGCACUGUCUUGUGGAAGCUGGUCCUCCCCUGCUGUGCGCGUGUACACAGCAUCUCAAGUCGAACAGGAGCUUGAAAUGGCUAAAAGAGAGUACUUACUGGCAGCAGUUGGAAUUUCAUCAAUUAGGGAAGUGAUAGGAAUACCAAAACUAUUGGAUCGGUAUCUACUAGACUUUGCAAAAGAUAUCGAGUCAUUGCUUGACUGGAUAUGCCUUCAACUACCAAGUGAACUUGGAAAAGAAGUAAUAAAAUGCCUAGAGAAAGGGAAAGAUAAACUUCUGUCCAAGUCUCUUCAGAUACAGCCCUAUAAGUUCAGGUUCAGAUACCUUUUACACACGUGAAUAAGAUUAGAUUUAUAGCUUGUACAAAUUUUUUCAAUGGAAAAAUAAAUUUUUUUUUUGGGAGAACGUGUGGUUGUAAAGUGAG